AUGUUGAGGCAUGACUCUGACAUUAUAAAGGCACAUUCAGACGCUUACGCUUAUGCGCAUCCUGUAAAGGCUCCUGAUACUAAAGACGAUACUUUCGUCAUUUUGGCUCGUCCCUCCCAGAGGAGUGAAAUAUCAUCGGUCAUAGAAGAAAGUAUUCCAAUCAUGGAGGUUCACCUAAGCAGCCUAAAGUCAUCCAAUAGCUCACCGAAUAUGAUGAAUGAACAUCUAGAUUUUGGAUAUGGUCGUAUUGAUUCUACAAAACUUGAUUCUGAGGAUAAAAUAAGCUUCAGCACUAGAGAUGAUAGGCCCACUCAAGAAACCAAUGGCGUAAAUUUUGAAUUUAAGAUGCUCGAGGACGAAACGAUGAGCACAGAAAAUCCAGAAAAUUUCGAUAGAAAAGAGAAUUCUGAAGUUGAACAAGAAAUUUUUAUUGCAGACAAGGAAGAUGAAAUGGAACAAGCGUAUUUCAUAUCCUGCUCUCAAAUUCAGGAAACCAAAGACGAUAAAUCAAUUGAGUCUCAACUUCCUACUAAGUGUGAAUCGGCCAUAAUUAAGGAAAAAGAAAUAUUAAUAGAAAAAGAAGCAAAUGUUUCAAAAUUGCCUAAUUAUGUGUCACAAGCUCUAAAGGAAACAGAAGAGCUCGUUCAGGAGGCUCAUGCAGAACCUGAGCAAGUCCAGCUAAUGUCAUCUGAAGAACCUAUGCAUCUUUCUCUUGUUAUAGAUCCUUUGGAAGUUGAAACUGUUAUUUGCAAGGGAAUUCAGAAAGAAGUCGGAAUAAUGGAUUCAAAUAGUCCAACUUUUUCUAUCGCCUUUGACACCAAAAGGAAACCUCUUUAUGGAUUAUCUGAGCAAAAUCCUAAAAGCAUUGAGGAUAUUAAUGCGACCUCAUUGACAGGACUCAAGCCUCCUUUUGAAGUUCAAAUGCGGGAGCAAUAUUCCAAGCAGAUGCCUGAUCAAAAAGGGCAAUUUUAUUCCUCCAAGAUUAAUUUUGCCGGACAAGGUUUAGCUGGAACUCUUGCUACA